CUUUGGCAUCAUGAGGACCUGGAAAUAGUUGCUGCUGUAUUUUGAAGGCUGGCGGUGAAAAGACAAGAUGGGAGCUCUGACAUCUGCUCUGCUCUUUGUGUUGCUUUGCUUUAAAGCCAUGCCAAGUGGAGCCUCGUCUUGGACCGCUACGAUACCGUCAUCAGUUAAAGGUCUGGUUGGAUCCUGUGUGGUCAUUCCAUGCUCGUACAACUACCCAGACCCAGGGAAGACUGUCAGUCAGUUCACUGGAAUUUGGAUGGAUCAGACGAAUCAUGUUAUCUAUCACUCAGACCCCUCUAAGACUGUGCAGGAAUACAAAACGCGGACUGAGCUGGUGGGAGACAUCACACGAAAGGACUGUUCACUGAAGAUCGAUCCCCUUCAGCAAAGUGACCAAGGGCCGUUUCAUUUCAGGAUUGAAAUAGAAGAUUAUGAGAAAUAUUCUUACAAAGAGAAUCACGUGUCCAUUACAAUAAUUAGUGAAUCACAUCCAAGUCUUUCUGUGACACAAGAAGUAGUGGAGGGUCAUAAUGUGACUGCCUCCUGCUCUGUGUCUCACUCCUGUCCUUCGUCUCCCCCUGAAUUCACCUGGAGCCAUGCUGGUGUGACACAUUUGGAGACACGGCAGCUUAACGACGGGCAGUGGAACCUGACAUCCACUCUGACCUUUGUCUCCACCAGAGACGACCACAACAAGCCUGUAAAAUGCACCGUUACAUACAAAGGAGGUCUGAAGGGGGAAAAGGCUUCCAGUGUCAUCAAAGUAAAAUAUGCGCCUGUGAAUGUGAAGGUGGACCACACGUCAGAGGUAAAGCAGGGAGAGGAUGUGAUGCUGAAGUGCUCCAGUGAUGCUAACCCUCCUGCCAACUACCAGUGGCUCAAUGAGAACAACACUCUGCAUCAGGGACAGUCUUACCUGCUCACAAACGUCUCCAGACACACAGGCAUCCUGCUCUGUGCUGCCGUCAAUACAGUGGGACAAAGGAACUCAACCCCUGUGCGUCUAAAUGUGUUAUUUCCUCCUGAGAUUAAGACCAUCUCCUGCUCCUCAGAGGGAGAUGAUGUCCGGUGUGUGUGCAUCGUGGAGUCCAGGCCUCCCAGCACGGUUCACUUUGUGCUUAUUGAUCGAGUCCUGCCGAGCACCAGCACUGACGUACACGGCCUCGCUACCAUUGGGACUCUGCAGGCACAGUCCGGCUCCUCAGAGUCUGUCCGCUGUGUGGCAAACAAUGCACUGGGCCACGUCAACGCCAUAUUCACGCUACCGUCUAAAGAUAAGAAGCAGAAUGUUCUUACAUUCUUCAUUAUUGGAGCAGGCCUGAGUUUGGUUGUGAUUCUGAUAGCAGUGGUAGUUGCCAGAAAAUGCAGGGGAAGACGUGAAGCGGUGGCAAUGUCUCAGAUGAGUGACGCACAUGAAGAAAAGGCAGUGGAGCUUCCUCAUGCCAAAAGCAUAGAGAUGGACUAUGAUGAUGUGCAUCCACCCGGCAUUUACAGCAACGAUCAUAUAUAUGGCAACACAGAGAGUGACGAGGAUGAAGCCAUAUAUGCCAAUAUAUCCGAGUGAUGUGGACUUAAACAGGUUUAAAUUUAAUAUUGACCUUUCAAACGUCUUUCUGGCUCUCGUUAAUUAAUAUAUAACAAGUGUAUUUGUAUUCCGGGACUUCAGGGCCUUUUGUUUCUGCAAAAACGAAAGCAAUGACUUUCUGAGAAUGUUCAUGAAAGCGUAAAAAAGAGAGGUUUAAAAUUGUGUCAGGACGGGAAGGGAAAGAGGAAGCUCAUGAGCACUUUUGCACUCCGAUAACAGUUUUGAGGUGAUUGCAUCAUAUAUAUCAACAGUCAGACACUAUUUAAAACAACUUUUAACUAUUUUGUCAACUAACAGCUUUAACAUGGUUGCUGGCUGAUCAUGGGCUUCUGUCAUGGUAAUGUUUGGCUUGUCGGCGUUCCCUAUCCCUGUCCUGUGUGUAUGUGCCUUUGUUAGUUUUGGGACUGAUGGGUCUGUUUACCUCGCUUACCCCUUGCUUUUACAUCUAAUUAUUAACUGUGUUUAGAGGCUGUUUAUGUUCACACGUUGGAAGAAUAUUCAUGUAGUAGUUCAUGUGUGUAAUCAGAAACAAAUUCUCAUUGUUAUUUUUAUAUUAAUAAUUUCCCUGUCACUCAUCAUUAAAUGAAUAUUGUUUGAUGUACUAA